UGAUGUGUUUGGUAUUGUUUGGUGCGCAGGAUACCCGAAUGUUUAGGGAUAUUUAUACGCCAAACCAUUUUAUAAUCCAACUGCGUUUAUCUCCUUGAAAGGCUGUAUGCCAAACGGACUCCCGGUCCGCCACGUCCUGAGAUAGGAUUCUGCAACCUAAUUGCGAAUAUCUGCGCGAGUGGGAAUGUAGUAAACAAUGAGCGUUUUCAUCUGGAUCACCACUAGAUAAUCUGGGAUUCAUCAUCGACUGCGACGAUAUUAAACGGAAUUGCAUUGGGUUCAAGCUGAAUAAAGAUGUCCAAAAUUGAACGUCUGAAUGCCCGAGUGGAAAAGCUGCUGUGUAAGGCUGUGCAGGAGGUUCUGGAGGUGGUGAAAGAGACUGUGUCAGAGUACCAGGAGAAAACCACGAGGACGCAGAGAGAGAACCAGAUUCUGAAGAGGAGGCUGCAGGAGCUGCAGGACAAGUUACAACUGGGAAGCAAUGGAGUUGUGGCACAAACUUCCCGUGCAUCCCAGCAGUAUGAGGCAGAGCUGCGUCUGAUGGAGCAGAAACAGAAAGAAGAGGACAUUGAACUCCUCCGCUCUGAUAAGGACAUUGCAGUGAUUUAUCCCUCGUAUUCAUUCAAACACCUUGACUAUGAAGCAUCCAUCACAUCAUUAGCCACUUCCUGUCUCUCCCCUACGACAGGACCGCAUCUAAGUGGGGAUGACUUGAACAAUCCAACGGCUCUUAAGACAGAGACUGAGAAGGGACUGUCAGUUUCCAACCAUGUGGGCUCCAUCACUGCGGUCACAAUGUCUGAACACGGUCACAAAAUGAAAGUAGAGCCGGUGUUGGACGAAGGAGCCAUGCGCACCACAAAUUAUUCUUAUGAUGGUACAAGCGCCACACCCUCACACAGACCAAACCCAGAACCUCCUCGAGCUCAUUCUGGACUCUACAACGAGUCGGGGGUCGUCCUCAGGCUGGCCGAGGAGCCACUGUCCCAAAGAAACAACGACACGAGCUGCGUCGGAGGAGAAAAACCACACACCGCUCAAGCAAACACGAAAGCAGGCGCUUCGGGCUCGAGAGCGUUCCCGAGAAACGUCAGAAAGCACUACUGCUGCUCGCUCUGCGGUCGCACCUUCAGACACGCAGGCGACUACAAGAAACACAACAGGGUGCACACGGGGGAGAAGCCGUACUGCUGCUCGGUGUGCGGGAAGCGCUUCAGUCAGUCGGGCUACCUGACGGUGCACCUGCGCUACCACACCGGGGAGAAGCCGUUUGGCUGCAGUCAUUGUGGGAAAAGUUUUAGUCACUCAAGCAACAUGAAGAAACACCAGCAAACUCAUCUGUGAGGCUGCUGUAUCCAGACUUUCCCUAUAAUAUUAUUGCUGGACAGUGAAAGGGCUACCUGUUUGUAAGCUACAGAUAGAAUGAUAAAAGGUGCUGUAUUCUUAACGUUCAAUGUCAAGUUAUCAGUUAUGUUUACAGUUUCAAGUAUCAAGCACAGUCUAAUUAUUCUGUUUCUGCCAUACGAGCCUAGUUUUCCAAUUUCGAAAUCAAAUAAACCUAUUUGGUACUUCUUUAUGGUGAAGUGAUCCGACACAAACUGAAUCCCACCCCAAGAAAUCGUACAUUGUGUGUCAACUUGAAAACUUUAAAGCAGCAGAGCGGUGAGCAAAUUGUAGCCUGCCGGGGAAAACUUCACCGUGUAAGUCAGUGCGUUGAAAAACAUUGAAGUUUAAAGUUGAUCUUUCUCAGGACUGAUUAGUUGUCGGUAGUGAAAUUAAUUACAGUCUCGAGAGUGAUGUCAUGCAGUUGUGUAAUUCAAUAAUAAAUCCUGCCUUUAGAGAAUCCAUAUCAGCAUGGAAAGUAUAUAAAUCAUGAAUGAUUGAUCUCUGACUGUUAAACAAGGCUGGGCAUAUAUGAAAAACAUGGCAUCACUUUUCAAAAGGGGAUGAUGAAACAUUGAAGGUGUUGCCCAAUCCCAACAUUUCUGAACUACUUCCCUUUCCUUCACAACAAAGGCGUAUCUUGUCUAAACUUGAUGCUGGGUUCAAAGGACGGCCUACUUAACCAGACAUGUCACUUCCUACUACGUCGAUUAUUUACACUUUUUCAUAGACGAGCUCCAAAACACAUUGCCAGAAGACUGAUACAACAUAUUUGACAAGUAAGAUUGAUCUUUACGUUUAGUCUGUUUGAUAUUGGUUCCGUUUCUAUUAUUGGUCACAAAUAAACAAUAAAAUAAACAUAAGUUAUUGUUACAUAUUGUCCUGUGGCUAGCUUUUUGAUUCAGUUUGUAUUUCAGUUUGAGCCUGAAAAACACAGAUCAAACCCAGUUCACCAUUAUCUUGAUCAGACACUGCAAUAAUAAUAGAAGUUUUUUUUACAGUCUGUUGAAUGUGGGCAGAUGUUGAAGUGGGAAAUUGAAAUACAAAUCAAUUUAAUUUGAAACCUGUGGUAUGCUGAAUCAAGUUUUCUGUUCCAGAAUUUCUUGAGGCGAA